GCGACUUCCAUCUCUUUGGCCAUAGAUGAGUCGAAGUACCGGAAGAUCGUGCGGUUUCGCGUCGACCUCCCGAUUGCCGCCUGCACCGCAGCCUCUGGCGCGCCCGACCUCCCUUCUUCGCGAAACAGCGGCGCGGGCCUCCACGUGGGGAACGUUGGCGCUUCAGGAUUUUGCGCGUCCGGCGUGUUAGGCCUCCUCGACUGCUCGAAAAAACACGCGUCCGACUUCGAGGAUGACCACGCUGUCACUGCGGUUAAGCAGCUCGAUGACUUUCUUACGAAAUUCUGUACGCCGCUCGGCAAAAUAAAAGGCCACAGGGGAGCGCAGCCGCUGGCGUGCGACCAGAAACUGAAAGCGCACGUGCUGGGAACAGUCACCAGUUUUGCUGCCGAUGGCGCGUCCAAGGAGCGGCGUUCAGUCUUUCUCGCUGCUCGCGAUCUGUUCCCUAACUUGUUAAUCGUGAUUCGCGACCCAGCUCACGCCAUUCGCAUUGCCUGCAAGUCGAUGCACUGCGACGACGUGUUUGGGCAGGUAUGGAAGGAGCUGUUCGAUGAUCGGCAUGCGCUGGUUCCUGACCUGAUGAAUUCUACCAAGUGGCACAACCUUCUGGUGGCCAUCCAGGAGGACAACGUGCAUGCAGUGGCGGUGCCUGGACUCCCUGGAGGGCCCCAGCCCCUGGCGGGAAUCGUGCGGAGCUUGGCGUUCGCCAAGCAACGCUUCGACUCGACGGCGGGCCCCGUGUUGAAAAUCGCUCUCAUGCUUCUGCCGGUGGCAACCUUGCUGGCGUACAUCGCGUCCGACCGUCGCCACGAUCGGGAGCAGCGCGAGCGGGCAGGCGCCCUGUUGCGGAAAUUCGAUACUAAGUUUUGUAUGGCCGUUGGUGUGUCGGCGGAUUGGGGGAUCAUAUGCAACUGGUUCUUGCGGCUCUUCGACGUCGCCAGCCACGACAUUGCGAAGUCGCGUUCUGAGAUCGACUGCAUGGUCGAGACGUUGGACGCGGUCUUCAUGCAAGGGCGUGUCUUCCAGACGGUUCUCCAGGCGGGCUUUAUCACAGAGACGGUAAUGCGCAAUCUCCGCACCAACUAUGUGUUCUACGCAGACGGCGACCCCGUGAUGCCAUGGGGGGAACCAGCAGCGGCGCACAAGGAGGAGCUCCUCCACCGAAUGCAGAACGUGGCGGGAUUGACAAAAGAGCGCUUGCUCCAGGACUUCCCGCGGACUGACGUCCGCUCGGCGCUGGCGAUGUUUGACCGGCGUCUCGUGCAGAAAGGUUUCGGCCCAGUGCCUGAUGUUGAAGUGCGGCGGUUCCUGUUGCGGGGCGCGCGCCAGCUGGCGGCCCUGCUCGGUUGCGACGAGCAGGCGGCGAUGCGACAGUGCGACGGCGUGCUUCCCUACAUGAUGGAACAGAUGGAGCCAUCCCAGCCACUGGCGGGGGCAACUAACCAGCAGGCGUGGGCUCGCGUGCUCGACGAUGACUUUUGGGAGGCGGCUUGCCCGAGGCGUCUCCGAGGGUCUUCUCGCGUGCUCUGCCGCCUGGUGCGUUUCUACAUCUCGAUUGAAGACGGGGAGUGCACCGUCGAACGCGACUUGGCCAGAUUUCGGGACCAACGGGUAGAGCACCGCACCGAUGAUAUCGCCUUCCACGACGACGGCUUAAUCGUGAAGUUGAACGGGCCGAAGACGGCGGCUGAUUUCGACGAAGGCGCAGCUCGCUCUGGACUGGGCCUGACGUCCUUCUCCAGGGAAUGCGCCAGCCUCUGGCUGGAACUGUUCGGCCAUCGCAUGGGCAUUACAAUCCUCACGCUACUGCGGCGGCCAAGUUAA